AUAGUUAAGGUCAUUAACUGAUUGACGUUAGAAUUGACGAGGUCUCUUUAGACGAAGUGCGGAAAACCAUGCUGCUUUAUUUACGUUAUUAAUUUGGUUAUUAUUACAACCCUUUAUAUUAAAUAAGUGAAUAUGUCUAAAGCGAAACUUUUUGACGAUGAUUCUGAUGAAGAGGUCCAGAUCAAAACAGAAAAUGAAUACGCCAAAAGAUACGACGCUUGGCGAGAAAAAGAAGAAUUACACAAAUUGGAACAAAAAUACGGCUCAAAGGCAUUAAACACGGAAGGAGACGAGUCAACUGAUAGUGAAGACGAAAGCGAUGUGCCUCCGGAGGUUUCCGAAGAGGUGGAGAAACAGUUCCUGAAGACUCUGUCACUGUUGAAAACUAAAGAUCCAAGGAUAUACGAUCCGAAUUUUAAGUGUUUCGAUGAUAAAAUAGAAAAGGAAAAAGAAAAAGAACCAGAAACAAAGAAGCUAACAUUUGGAGACAGUGAUGAUGACGACGAUGAUCCAGAUAUAUUUAGUAUCGAGAAGAAAGCCGAGAUAGAUAAUGAAGAUCAUCGAAAACAUAAAGAUAAUAAAAAGGAUGAGAAGAUAAAGGAGUUUCUGAUAGGUAAAGCCGAUCACAUCGAUGAUGAUGUGGAGAAGGAUUUAGCACCGCUCAGGGCGCUGUGGUCGGACCCCAAGUUGAAUGAUGGGGAAGCUUUCUUGAGAGACUACAUUUUGAAUAAGAGGUAUCUGGAGGAUGGAGAUGCAGGCGAUGCCGCCGACCAGGUGCGAGAUGAUGAGGAUCUGGAGCAGGAUGAGAAGCUGGUGGAGGAGCAGGGCGCCUUCGAGCGCGCUUAUAACUUCCGCUUCGAGGAGCCUGAUGACCAAUUUUUAAAACGUUUCCCGCGCACAAUGAACUAUAUACGACCUAAAGACGACAAGAGAUCAAAAAAGCGAGCUGAGAUAAGAGAGAGGAAGGAGCAAGAGAAAAAGAAGAAAAUGGAGGAGAUCGCGCGACUGAAGGCGCUAAAGCUGAAGGAGAUACAGGAGAAGAUUGCUAAGAUCAAGGAGGUCACCGGCAACCAGGAUCUGGCGUUUCAGGAAGAAGAUAUCGAAGGCGACUUCGAUCCUGAAGAACACGACAAACGAAUGAAAGCUCUCUUCGAUGAGGAGUACUACGGAGAAGCGGACGAUCAGAAACCUGUCUUCCCUGAUUUAGAUGAAGAGUUGGAGAUUGAAAACUGGGACAACUACGAACGGGAAUACGGUCAAGAAAAUGGAAAUGACGAACCACAUUGUGAGGAUAAAGAUUUUAAUAUGGAUGCAGACUACGACCCAAAAAAGGCAAAAGAAGAUCUUCUAGAAGAAUUAAAACGCAACAUGGGCAAGAAACGCAGGAACAGAAAACGUAAAUCUAAACUAGCUGAAAUACUCUCAGAGGAAAAGCCUAAGUUUAUACCGGACAUCGACAAGACAUACGAUGAGUACAUGCAGGAGUAUUACAAGAUGGACUGUGAGGAUGUGAUAGGAGGGGAUCUGCCCACCAGGUUUAAAUAUAGGGAAGUCGUACCUAAUGACUUCGGUUUGACCAUCGAAGAGAUUCUUCUAGCAGACGACAAAGAACUAACUCAAUGGGUGCCACUCAAGAAAAUUGUAAAAUAUCGUCCGGAGAAUGUAGAGAGGAGUGAAAUAAAGACGUACCAGCUCAAGUCGGCUGAUGAAAGACUGAAAAAAAAGAUAUUACCAAGCUUAUUCAAAAAUUUGCCUGAAGAACCUGAGUUAGUUGUCCCGAUUGAAGCGAUUAAAAAGAAGAAGAAAAAGAAAAAGAAGAAGCAGAAAGUCUCAGAAAAUACUCAAGAACAAGAUGUUCCGGAAGAAACAAUUGAUGAGACACAGAAUAAUAGCACGGAAUCUCCUAAAAAGAAGAAAAAUAAACGAAUUGCAAAUGGGGACAACGAUGUAAGUAAAGACAUAUCUAUAGAUGUAUCUCAAGAUGGUUCUAACGAAAAUAAAAAGAUUAAAAAGAAACACAAAAAAGAAAAUAUUGAAAGUGAUAUUAACGAAGAUACAUCUCAAGUUAAAACUCAAGAUAAAUCUGAAUACCCACCUGAAGUUAUAAGUAGUGAAAACAAAACAUUAAAAAAGAAACAUAGGAAAAAUGCUGAAAAUGUAAAUGAAGAAGCAAUUGUCGGUGUACAGGAAACUGUCAACACUUCUAACAAGAGUAAUGAACAAAAAGACGGUAAAAAGAAGAAAAAGAAAGCUAAAGAGUCCUUUAAUAUUGAAACUGUUAGUGAUAAAGUUACUCCAAGCAAUGUUAGCAGCCAAGAUAAUACAAAUAGUUCUAACAAGGAUAGUAACGAAAAUAAUUUGAAGCGAAAACUCGAUACCACAGAUGAUAGUACACCUAAAAAGAAAAAGAAGAAAAAUAAAAAUAAACAAUCUAACAAUUCACAGCAAAGUAAAAAUAAUAAAAAAGAUUUUCAUAAAUUUAAUAAAAAUACAAAUAAACAGAAUGACAAAGCAAAUAAUCCUUUGAGUCAAAUAUCAGAUGAAAGACUUAAAGCAUAUGGAUUGAACCCGAAAAAAUAUAGAAGUUUCUUAAAAUAUAAGAAAUAUUAAAGUGAAGUUAUUUACUGUACAUUUUAAAUAUGUAAAUAAAAGUGUUUUUAAGUA